UCCCAGGACGCUGGGAUCAUGACCUGAGCCAAAGGCAGAGGCUUAACCCACUGAGCCACCCAGGUGCCCCUCACACUUUAGUGUUUUAAAGCUGGUAUGAGUGGCCUAUUUAUCAGAUGAGGAAACAGAGAUGUGCUCAGAUGGACAAAGGUUUAAGGUACAUGCUAAAGUUGUCCCUGUGGAGAGGGCCUGGCAGAGUAACUGUCUCUUGGGAGCAGCCCCACCCUAGGCAGGCACUGAAGAGAGCAGGGGAGAAGCUGUGCAGAUAGAGUGGUCCCCCUCCCCCCGGGUACUCUCCUCCAUCCCUCCCUCAUCCCUCGGUCACUGACACUGUCACCGUUUCUCUCAGGUCAAGAUUUUCUCCUUAUCCAUGUUUACUGGGUCCCUGGCUAUUUCAACUGGAACAGUUAGCCGUUACUUCCUCCAGGAAGCCUUCCUGGAAUGCUCAGGUCAAGUCGAACCCAGCGCUGAUGGUUCCUCUGGCUUGGCUCCUGCCAACCCUGAGUUGAAACUGUCCUCAUUUUUAGCUCCCUCACUAGACUGGCAACGCAGUGGGCCACAAAAUGUUUGUCCAUCUGUCUCCCUGUCUUUUUUCCGGGCUUUGCAUCUGUCUCUGAGUAUCUGGUCUGUGACAUUUUCGGUAUCUCUGUCUCUCUGUCUCCAUCCCUGGGUCCCUGAAUGUCUCGGCAUCUGUGGUUUUCUGGGUUGGAGUGUUUUUGGGUCUCCCAUGCUGAGAUGCUGCCUAAGUCUCUCUGUAUCUCUGGGUCUCUAUCUCUGUCUCUUGGGUCUCCUUGCCCUGCCAGGCUGGGCAUUGCUCCUCUGGCCAGAGGGGGCCUCUGGGGGGGGGUCCUUGCUGCCCCGCCUGCCCACAGUGAGGCCAGGCAAGGGUAGGCCCCCGCCCAGCCCGCUGCCUGUUCCCUCCCUCCCUCCCGCUUGCCUCACCACAGGGUUUGAUGAAUCAAACUCUUUGUCUGGGUGGGAUCUCCCCCAGCCAGCUGGGCAGAGAGAGGGCUUCCCCAGCCGCGGGGAGCAGGAGCAGAACAAGAUCAGCAGCGGCCCUCGGCUGGAGAGGCCCAGGUGGGUGGCAGAGCAAAGGAGGAAUGGACUGUGGGCCACCUGCCACCCUCCAGUCCCACCUGGCUGGGCCACGUGGCACUGACCGCCGCCCAGUAGCUGUGUGCCAGCAGGAGAGUCUGUCCUUUGCAGAGCUGCCCACCCUGCAGCCCCCGAGCCCUGUGUGUCUGGAUCUCUUCCCUGUUGCCCCAGAGGAGCUUCGGGCUCCCGGCAGCCGCUGGUCCCUGGGGACCCCAGCUCCUCUCCAAGGGCUGCCAUGGCCACCAUCCCCGGAAGUCCCAGACACCGAGAUCUCCACCAGUGGGGGGCUGCGGCCCAGCAGAGCUGGCAGCUGGCCACACUGUCCUAGUGCCCAGCCCCAAGCUCUGGAGGGACCCUGGAGUCCCCAGCACCCACAGCCACAGCGCCGGGCCAGUCACGGCUCGGAGAAGAAAUCUGCUUGGCGCAAGAUGCGGGUCUAUCAGCGUGAAGAGCUCCCUGGCAGCCCCGGAGCCCAGGCUGUCUUCCUCGAGCCUGGCCAGGCAGCGGAACAGACCCUGAGCACAGAGGAGCCUAGGCCACCGGAGCUGUCCGUACCCUCCAGGGUAGGCCUGGAGGGGCCUGAGCGCAGGCGCUUCUCAGCCUCCGAGUUGAUGACCCGCCUGCACUCUUCCCUGCGUCUGGGGCGGAAUUCAGCAGCCAGGGUGCUGACCCCAGGGUCAGGCACUGGCGCAGCUCGGGAAGGAAGAUCAUCUGGAAGGGAGUCGCGCAGUGUAGAGAUGAGGAUGGACGGUUUGGUGAUGCCAGCCCCUGUUGACCCGAGCGGGUGCCAUAGCGGCUGGCCCGAGCCCAGGCUGGACACGCCGGAAGAGCUGGCUCUGGGGUCCAGGAGCUCCAGCGAGCGGCGCCAGUCACGGUUUCUCCUUAACACGGUCCUCUACCAGGAAUACAGCGACGUGGCCAGCGCCCGCGAACUGCGGCGGCAGCAGCGCGAGGAGGAGGGCCCGGGGGACGAGGCGGAGGGCGCGGAGGAGGGGCCCGGGCCGCCGCGCGCCAACCUCUCCCCGAGCAGCUCCUUCCGGGCGCAGCGCUCGGCGCGAGGCUCCACCUUCUCGCUGUGGCAGGACAUCCCCGACGUGCGCGGCAGCGGCGUCCUGGCCACGCUGAGCCUGCGCGACUGCAAACUGCAGGAGGCCAAAUUUGAGCUGAUCACGUCCGAGGCGUCCUACAUCCACAGCUUGUCGGUGGCCGUGGGCCACUUCUUAGGAUCUGCUGAACUGAGCGAAUGUCUGGGGGUGCAGGACAAGCAAUGGCUGUUCUCCAAACUGCCCGAAGUCAAGAGCACGAGCGAGAGGUUUCUGCAGGACCUGGAGCAGCGGCUGGAGGCAGAUGUCCUGCGUUUCAGUGUGUGUGACAUUGUGCUGCACCACUGUCCAGCCUUCCGCCGAGUGUACCUGCCCUAUGUCACCAACCAGGCCUACCAGGAGCGCACCUACCAGCGCUUGCUCCUGGAGAACCCCAAGUUCCCUGGCAUCCUGGCUCGCCUGGAGGAGUCUCCCGUAUGCCAACGUCUGCCCCUCACCUCCUUCCUUAUCUUGCCAUUUCAGAGGAUCACCCGCCUCAAGAUGCUGGUCGAGAACAUCCUGAAACGGACAGCACAGGGCUCGGAAGACGAAGACAUGGCCACCAGAGCCUUCAAUGCACUCAAGGAGCUGGUGCAAGAGUGCAAUGCCAGCGUGCAGUCCAUGAAGAGGACAGAGGAGCUCAUCCAUCUGAGCAAGAAGAUCCACUUUGAGGGCAAGAUCUUCCCACUGAUCUCGCAAGCCCGCUGGCUGGUUCGGCAUGGGGAGCUAGUGGAGCUGGCACCACUGCCCGCGGCGCCACCUGCCAAGCUGAAGCUGUCCAGCAAGGCAGUCUACCUGCACCUUUUCAAUGACUGCUUGCUGCUCUCCCGGCGGAAGGAGCUAGGGAAGUUCGCCGUGUUCGUCCACGCCAGGAUGGCCGAGCUCCAGGUGAAGGACCUGAGCCGGAAGCUGCAAGGUGUCCCCGGCCACGUGUUCCUCCUCCAGCUCCUCCAUGGGCCCCACGCGAAGCACCAGUUCCUGCUGAGGGCCCGGACGGAAAGUGAGAAGCAGCGAUGGAUCUCAGCCCUGUGUCCCUCCAGCUCCCAGGAGGAUAAAGAGUUCUUCAGCGAGGGCCAAGACCGCCCCCAGGUUCAGUGCGUCAGGACAUACAAGGCUUUGCAGCCAGACGAGCUGACUCUGGAGAAGACGGACAUCCUGGCCGUGAGGACCCAAACCAGUGACGCUGCUGUAACAAAUGAUCGCACACCGGGUGACUUAAACCAGUAGGACUGUAUUCUCUGACUGCUCCAGAGGCCAGAAAUCUAAAAUCAGUAUCGCUGGGCCAAAAUCCAGAUGUCGGCAGGGCAGGACUCUGUCCUGUAGUGGGGAUGUCUGCCAGGGGAGAAUGGGUCUUUGCCUCUCGCAGCUCUGGUGGCUGCCAGCUCUCCUCGGCUUGUGGCCACACCACUCAGACUCUGUCUCUGGAGUCACACUGCCUUCUUCUCUGUGUGUCUGUGUCAGAGCUACUUCUGCCUCCCAAGGAUAAGAAUACAUGGAUUUUAUUUGAGGUCCACCCAGAUAAUCUCUCCAUCUCAGAGUUCUUACCUUCAAUCCCUCCUGAAAAAUCUGUCCCCCCUCCCUUGUUUAUCAUAGAAGAUAACAAUUACCAAUUCUGGGAGUAGGAGGCAGAUAUCUUUUAGAGGACCAUGUCUCAGCCUACCACAGUUCUCAAAACUAAGAAAUAUAUGGGCAAGGUGGGCUUCAAGCAAGGCUUGAUCCAGCAGCUCCUGUGACAUCACUGAGGACUCUGCUCUUUCCAUUCUUCCACUUGGUUGUCCUUGGUAUUGUCUUCAUCCUAAGGCCUCCAGGGGCUUCUUCAUUCACAUCCAACAUGGAAGGAGGGUAUUUUGUUUUUAAAAGAUUUUAUUUAUUUAUUCGACAGAGAGAGC